ACUUGGAUAUGCUCUCUCCACCCAAUUCUAACCCUUGUAAACCUUGAUUAUCAAUCAUGAGUGGUUUUGUACUUCAUUUCUUAGUCCUAUGUUCACUUUCCAAUUCCAUUGCAUCCAUGGCCUUAGCCACCAAAACUCUAAGUGGCUUCACCAUUGAUCUCAUUCACCGUGACUCAUCAUUGUCACCCUACUACAAGCCUUCACUCACUCCAUCACAACGCAUCAGCAAUGCUGCUUUACGCUCCAUUGCUCGAUCCAAACGUCUUCAAAACAAUGACGGAUCACCCAAAACUAUCACGAUUCCAGAUCAAGCCAUCACUGAAUACCUCAUGAGGUUUUACAUUGGAACCCCUCCUGUGGAAAGGUUCGCCAUUGCGGACACGGGGAGUGAUCUUAUUUGGGUGCAAUGUUCCCCUUGUGUGAAGUGUGUACCCCAAAACACCCCUUUGUAUGACCCAACAAAAUCUUCAUCAUUCAAGGGAGUGAAAUGUGACUCACAACCUUGCACGUUACUCCCCCCAAACCAACGUUUUUGUGGAAACUUAAGUCAAUGCAUUUACACGUAUGUAUAUGGUGACCAUUCAAUGAUCCAAGGACUAAUGGGUGUUGAAACCAUUAGCUUUGGCUCCAAGGGAAAUGGUGCUAUUAAAUUUCCAAAGCUUACUUUUGGAUGCACACUUUUCAACAAUGAUACCGAGGAUGAGAGCAAGAAAAACACAGGACUAGUGGGUCUUGGAGUAGGGCCAUUGUCACUAAUUUCACAACUAGGCAACCAAAUCGGUCGCAAAUUCUCCUAUUGUUUUGUUCCUUUCGAAUCAAACUCCACUAGCAAAAUGAAAUUCGGGGACGAAGCAAUCGUAAAAGGAAAAGGGGUUGUGUCCACUCCCCUCAUAGUCAAAUCAAUUGGACCAAGCUAUUACUACCUCAAUCUUGAAGGCAUAAGCAUUGGAAGCAAGAAGGUGAAGACAAUUAUCAAUCAAAAUGAUUUUGGCAACAUACUCAUCGAUUCCGGGACCUCUUUCACGCUUCUCAAGCAAAGUUUUUACAAUAAAUUUGUGACUUUGGUUAAGGAAGUGUAUGGUGUCGAGGGAGAGAAAAAUCCUCCAGCCCCAUUUGACUUUUGUUUCAAAAAUAAGGGUAGUAGGAAAAGUUUCCCAGAAAUUGUGUUUCUUUUCACGGAAGCUAGGGUUCGUGUGAAUGCUUCAAACUUGUUUUCGGCCAUGGACAAGUACUUGCUUUGCAUGUGGGUGGUACCCGUCUCUGAAGAUGAUGAUCCCAUAUUUGGAAAUCAUGCGCAAGUUGAUUUUCAAGUGGAGUAUGAUCUUCAAGGGGGAAAGGUUUCCUUUGCUCCUACUGAUUGUGCCAAAGAUUAGCUUGAUUAAUCUUUGCGUUUGAUUAAUAAGGACUUCACUUGUGUUUGUACCGAGGAAAGAAAAAAGUUAAUUUUAUGUUUUGUAAGUCUCGGAUUUGACCACAAUAGUGAAUAAAUGAAAAUGAACCUAGGCACUAGCUAGGGUUCUUUAUGAAUACA